AUGGUUCUGGACUUGGCAAAAGACAUCGGAAUCGAAUUCGGCGCAGACCUUGCGUUGCAGCUGAUAGAAGACCAAAGGGAAGGGACAUUGCCAGAUGGCAAAAGCGUGAAAGCCGCACUGCUGACAGAGACUAAAUGCAAGCACUGCCCCUUGGCAGGGUUGUGCACGGCCUUGCCAAACCAGUACCGUGUGUGCGUGGCAUACAACAAAAUGCCAAAGUUCACGAUCGAUGAUCAAGGAGCCCCUUGGCAGUGCUACCUCAGCAGGUAUCCCGACUUGACGAAGGCUUUUGGAGCCACAAAUAUUGCAGAGGCAAGGAAGCAUUGGUUCCAGCACGGCAAGGACGAAAAGAGAGCUGUGACUUGCGACGGCGUCUGCAAUUGGGAGUGCUACCUCGACCGUUACGCCGAUUUGCAGAACGCGUUUGGCAAAACAGGCUUUGAGCAAGCAGCCCAGCAUUGGUCCGAGUUUGGUGAAAAGGAAGGCCGCAGUUGCCAGUGUGCACCAGGCACAGAAUGCCAGUGGUAG